CUUCUUCACUGUGUGAGGAGAGGGGAGGAGAUUAUUUCUGGUGGUUUGGAAGCCUUUGAAAGAUACAUAUUCAAAUUGUCAUAAUGGGAGGGCUUUUUGGCAAACUACUGAUAGAGUUGCUUUUAAAAGGGGUCCAGUCUUUCCUGAGCCACUUUGGAGGGUCUAAAGUUUUGAGCUGAUAAACAUCUUCCCUUUAUGAGAGAUGUGCAUGCCGGGACAAUGGCAGUCUGGUUCCUGCAGAAGGAACGUUGCCAAGGGGUAGAGGGCUGCCAGAGAAGCAGCACCAAGAAGCCACCCCUCUGUGGGAUGGGAAGCUUACUCUUCCCUGUAGUUCAGGAGACUCUAUGGGCUGAGAGGCAGCACCCUUCCCUUCUUGAUGGCUCUACCGAUCCCUCCAAGUGAGGGGACAAUUCAAAGGAUUAAAGCUUGGAACGUUCAUUCAUAAUAUGAAGAUGCUGCUGACUUUGUUCCUCUUCCUUAUUGGGAGUCAAACUUCAGUAACUCAGACGCCUGGAUAUGUGGACACAGAGGAAGCUGAUAUUUAUGUGCUCAUUGAUGGCUCAACAAGCAUUCAUCCUGUUGACUUCGGAGACAUCAAAAAUUUUUUGAAGGAAGUGAUUAAGAUGUUUAACAUAGGGCCGAAUAAAGUUCGCUUUGGAGCUGUGCAGUUCUCACAUAACAGAAGAGUGGAGUUUGAACUUGAUGAAUACAGCAAAAGAGAUGAUUUAGAGACGGCUAUUGACAACAUUAGGCAAAUAACAGGGGAUACCUAUACUGGAGAAGCUUUGACUUUCAUGCAGCCACUGUUUAAAAAGGCAAGGGAGCAGAGAGCUGGCAGGGUGCCUUGUCACCUCAUUGUCCUAACAGAUGGGGAGUCACAUGACAGUGUAAAGGAGCCUGCUGAGAGACUGAGGAGUGAGACAGUCAAUAUUUAUGCCAUUGGUGUAAAAGAUGCAAAUGAAGCACAGCUCCUUGAGAUUGCAGGGUCAAAGAGCAGGACUUUCUUUGUGCAAGAGUUUGACUCUUUGAAAAACAUAAAAAAUGAAAUUGUUCAAGGGAUCCGUUCUGGAGAAGCCUGCAAAGAAAUGACAGCUGACAUCAUGUUUCUAGUGGACAGUUCCGGAAGCAUAGGACCAGAGAACUUUUCAAAAAUGAAAAACUUUAUGAGAGAACUGGUCAACAAAUCUGACAUCAGCGCAGAUCGAAUGCAGGUUGGGGUUGUCCAAUUCAGUGGCACAAACAAGGAAGAAUUCCAGCUUGACCGAUAUUCUUCAAAAAGUGACAUUUUCAGUGCUAUUGAUAGAAUGUCUCUUAUAGGGGAAAAUACACUAACAGGAAGUGCAUUGUCAUUUGUGGCUGAUUAUUUCAAGCCUCUCAAAGGUGCACGUCUGGCUGUCAAAAAGUUUCUUAUCCUGAUUACAGAUGGGGAAGCGCAGGAUGAAGUAAAAAGUCCAGCAAGAGCCCUACGUGAUCAAGAUGUUGUUAUCUACUCUGUUGGGGUGUUUAAUGCAAAUAAACCUCAGUUGGAAGAGAUUAGUGGGAAGCCUGAGCUGGUUUUUUACGUUGAGAACUUUGAUAUUCUGAAGCACAUAGAAGAUGAGAUCAUCUUUGGAAUAUGCAGGCCUCAUGAGGAAUUCAAAAGGCUGGAAAGAUUAGAUGUUGUGUUUGUGAUAGAUGGAUCUGGGAGCAUAAGUCCCUUACAAUACCAGGCCAUGAAAGACUUCAUGAUUGCCUUGGUGAAAAAAUCUGAUGUCGCUCCAGAUAGAGUUCAAUUUGGAGCUGUAAAAUAUUCUGAUGAACCGGAAACGUUUUUCUACCUUAAUAACUACAUAACAAAAUCCGAGAUUAUUAAGGCUAUCCAAAAUGAUGCAACUUUAGGAGGUUCAACGUAUACAGCCAAGGCGAUUGGCUAUUCGGAAGCUCUGUUUGCUCAGGAGCAUGGUGGCCGCAAAAGCAAGGGAGUUCCACAGAUUCUUAUAGUGAUAACAGAUGGUGAGUCCCAUGAUGCUGCACAGCUCGGUGACACAGCCAAGAGAUUAAGAGACAAUGGAAUUAUUAUCUAUGCAGUUGGGAUAGAAGGAGCAAACCCCGCUGAGCUUUUGGCCAUGGCUGGAUCAGAAGACAAAUAUUACUAUGUGGAUACUUUUGAAGGACUCACAAACACAUCUAUAGCAAUAUCAGAAAAAAUAUAUGAUGAUUCAAAACCAGAUGUGCAUUCAAAUUGAAAUUCAUGGCACUCCUGUAGACACCGUGGUGAUUACAACACUGCAUUUGGCCUUCGUCCCACAAUGCCUGUUCUCGCCUCUCUGGUUAUCAGUUUGAACUCUACUGCCCUGCCCUCAGGUGACCAACCUUCAGCCCCACCCCACACAUUCCUUUGCAAAUUUGAAAGUCCCCUUCCUGUUUGCUCAGUGACGUGUGCAGUGGUCUCAGCGCGUCUUUCCAGGUGGACAUUCCUGCUCCACGCACCAGGUGAUCCCCCACUAGGAGCAAUGCUGAGCUGCUGGACCUCAUCAGCAUUUGGGGAGAGGAGGUUAUCCAGUCCCAGCUGCGUUCCAGCCAUAGGAAUUAUGAUACCUACGGAUAGAUUUCAUGAUGCAUGACAGAAAAGGGCCAUGUCUGGGAUACAUUGCAGAAUAGUGUUAUGCCUGAAAGAAAAUGUUGCACAAAACAGUUAUGCCAGCCUGACUGAAGUCAGGCUAACAUGGGUUUCUGGAUAGUCCCUGAGUGGAAAAACACCAAGAAGCAUACUUACAAAGAGCUGGGAAGAAGUGAGAUAAGAGAAGAGCUGCAUUCUUGUACCAGAUGUGCUGUGCUGAGAACAGUUUGUUUAAAGAACAGAUAAGGAGCCUCCCUAUCUUCAUUCCCUGGUUCUGUUCUCUGUCUGUUCUUAACUCCCCCGUUUCCUAAUUUCUGGUGCUCGUCACCAUGCUAAUAAGAGGGUGAUAAGACGUCAUUAAUCACUUAAUGCUGUAAGGUAUAGGAGAAUAGGUACGCAUGUAUACUAAAAGUUUCUAGUUGUUAGGAGAAGGGGGUGGGUUGCUUAUAUGAAUAAUCUGUGAUGCAACGGAACUGUCUAUAUAAACUUAUACUAGUUGUAAAGAGUAUGCUGGUUCUCUCUGGAGACGGCUGCUCUCUAUUGUUGUGUGCACCCUUCAAUAAAGAGCUU